ACGUCGUCGAGGCACGCGCGGCUCGCGCGCACAGCGACUCGUCCUCCCUCGCCUCGGAAGCUCCGAGCUCCAGGUCCGAAGAUGAGCUGGAGGUGUCCCGCGGAUUGCCGCGAACUCGCCAAAACGGUCGAAGAGCUGCAGAGAAACGUGGAGCAUCUGAUGAUGAUCCGUGAAGCCGGUACGGGAGGCAGAGCCUGUGUGGAGUCUCAGAGUAAAGACAAAGUAAUUACUUUCUUAGGAAACAGGUUGGACGAAAAGCACAGCGACGAGAUUGACAGGAUGAGAGAGGAGCUCAAACGUGUACAUCAAGAGGCUGAGAAACACAAGAAGAAUUACGAAGACCUUAAAAAAAGGAUGAAGGUGGACUUGUCUAGUGACAUUCGCCACUCUGGAGCACGGUCUGAAAACAUCAUGGAACCCUGUGGACAGAGUCAGCUGAUAUCUCUGUACGACACAAUGAAGAAUCAAGUUUGGGGGAGGAUAAAGGAAACGUCAUUGAACCACGGAAUGACGUCUCAACAACUGUGCACAAGUUUCCAAACUCUAGUAGUUCAAAUCUUUGACAAGGCACGCAGAGAAGUAGCAGAAAGGACUGAGGCUGUAAAACAACUUUUCAUGUUUAAAGAUGAAGAUCUCACAAAGCCUGGAACUUCCUCGAAAAAGGUGUCUGAACAAGUGCAAGCAGCUCUUCACAGCCUCCAGCUGGCCUCUUACUACUGGGACGAAGAGUACUACAAAAACAGAGUGACGGAGUACUUCAGAUCCUCCGAGUGUCCCGAGCUUAUGUGCCUCAAAAAGGUGUACGCAGGGCUGCACGCAGAGCUGUACGCAGAGGUGGCCAAGUGCUACAGAAUUGCCUGUCUGAUGUUUCUGCACUACCCUCCACUGCAUCCCGAUUGGUCAGAUGAUGAUUCCGGGAAACCCUUCAACGUGUCAGACAGAGUUUACCGUAUUGUUGUGUUCCCAGCCAUUUACUGCGGUACUGAUCUGUUGUCUCCUCCAGUGGUCAUCACUUUGUCCUACCCAUGAUAGAGUCCUACACAAAUACUUCUCCUGGUAACAGUCACAUCAGUCUCACUUUAUGAAACAUCAGGGCAAUGCUUCACAGUUCUUUUUUUCUCUCUUCUUUUAGCUUUGACUUUACCGCAGCUACAUUUGAAUCCUUUUUAUUCACAUAGUUGUGACUUUACCUCCUGGUUCAGCACAUUGUGUCAAUAACACACAUGCACACAUGCACACAAUGUGUUAUGUCAGAUACAAUACAGGCACAGCGCAGUGCUACAGUCAUAGAAACAUGGUAAAACACACUGAAAGCUGUAGCACCUUAAGCACUCUGACUGGAGGCCUGGUUCGGUGUGACCUCGGCGCUACUCCUGGGAGGAGCUGCUCUGCGCUGACAGUGUUGGACAUUCUUAUGGCUCACGACUGUAAUUUGUAAUAUACAUUAUAUUUGAAAUAAUGUAAAUGAACGUUAUUUUCAUUAUUUCAGAGGGGUAUAUUACAAUGAAUUACCGUUUCUCUGAACCAUUGACCAAGUAAAUACAUAAAUAGUGAUCAAUGUAGACAGAAUCAUAACAUUCAUAAGUUUCACCGCUAACAAAAUGUUUAAAUAGUACAAAGGUGGCUGAAGUAAAUUUACUGUGUUGUUGGCAUUAAAGGAGAAGUCAAUAAUAUGGGAUAAAAAAUGCUCUGAAGUUCACACAGCCUUGGUGUAUUGCAUAGAGACUACUGAUAUUAUUUAGCCAUUAUGGUUUUCAAUAGUUCAAGUUUUGUUGUAAUUAAUACCAUGGAGCUGAGAUUUAAAAAAUCAAAGUCCUGAUCUGUUGUGUAUUUGACAAAAGUAACUAACAUGACUCCUGCUGCAUAAACUUUUCAAAGUGUGAAUCUUCAAUAUAUAACAAUAAACAGUC